AUGGAACGUCUUCUGCGCGAAUUGAUGGUGAGUUCGGCUGAUCUUCCAAAAUCCAAGAAGCUGUAGAUGGGUCAACAAAAGGAGGUCGUCGACAACGAGUCGCAUCCCGACACCGCGGAAACGUUCGUUUUUUUUUUCUCGGAUGGAAAAUUCACAAUUUCUAUGGGAUUGUACUUUGAUUUUUCUUUUAAAUUUCACUUAUUACAAAGAAAUUUAACGAGACAAUGAGUGGCCUUCACAAAAUAUUUUCUAAAAAAGAAGAUCAUUAUGCGUUCCUUCGUGACAUUUAUUUAAAAAAAUGAAUGUAAAAAAAUUUUGCAUUUAUUCUUUUUAAAAAUAUUCCUCUAGAAACUAUCAACGGUGAGGGAAAAUAUCACUGGUUUAACACCAGAACGACUGAAACUGGGAGUUUUUCUGUUCUGAAAAGGAUCAUGAUUUUUUAUAAAACAGUGUAUUUCAUAUUUUUCCUGAUGAAACUAUAACCUUUCAGCGUAAACAUCUCGGCACUGGCUCUCAUCAAAAUGCUCCGACAUGCUCGAAGUGGAGUCCCCCUUGAGGUAGCCGUCUUCACUCGGCAAUGACCGAGUUAAGUAAAUUUUAGGUGAUGGGACUAAUGUUGGGGUCGUUCGUGGACGACUACACGAUCAACGUCGUCGACGUGUUUGCCAUGCCUCAGAGCGGAACGGUUUGUGAUUCUCGCGAACCUUGCGACGAAGAGUGGACUCUAGAGCGUUACCGUUGAGUCAGUCGAUCCAGUCUACCAAACCAAGCACAUGGACCUGCUUAAGUUGGUUGGCCGCACCGAAAAUGUCGUCGGGUGGUGAGAAUCGGCUAUUUUUCAGUAAUUUCAAUAAACUUCUGAUCAUAUCAAUCCAACAACUUCUCAUCAAAGCAUGUAAUAUUUCCUAAAUUUUGUCAACUUAGGAACUAUUUAUGGCGUUCAAAGAUUAUGGAAUAGAAGUAUUAUUUUCGAAAACUGUAGGUACCACUCUCACCCUGGCUUCGGGUGCUGGCUUUCUUCUGUCGACGUCGCCACGCAGCAAUCCUUCGAGGCUCUCCAUCAACGUGCCGUCGCCGUUGUCGUCGACCCCAUACAAAGUGUUAAAGGAAAGGUCAGACAAAAAAUUAGCAAUAAAGCUGUUAUGUACUGGUAAGAAACGAUGAAUAAAUUGAAAAAAAAAAAUCAGAUUUUGCUAACUUGAAAACUAACAACAUUGAAACAAAAAACCACUAGUUUUCUGAAAGAGUUUGCACUUUUCAUAAAUUCGAAAAAUUAAUAAAAAAAGUAGUAAGUAUAUCCCGAGCAAUCUGAGCCUCCGAGACAAGGCAUCGAAAAAGACGGAAGCUUUUGCAAAAAAAGCUUUUCAGAAAAAAAGCCUAACCCCUUAGGUGAUGCUCGACGCGUUCCGCUCGAUAAACCCCAUGAAUCUGAACUUGCGCGCCAUGGCUCCUACGGCGGAGCCGCGCCAGACGACGAGCAACCUCGGCGGCCUCGUCAAGCCUAGCCUUAUCAGUAUUGUUCACGGACUGAACACCAAGUUUGCUCUUUUUUCAAACUUAUCUGACCUCAAAUAUUUUUUGUAAUGUUUAUGAUUUUCAAAUUAUGAAGCUUUCGUAGAAAUGAUGCCUUGUAGAGCUUAAAAAACAGAAAAUCGGUAGGUUCAAUGAGAAACAUGCAAAAGCUGAUGAAAAAGUUUCUCUGUUUUCUAAAUCACUAGAAUAACAUUUUUUUUUUAGGUAUUACUCGCUCAACAUAACCUACCAACUUUCUUCGAGAGAACAGAAUAUGCUGACAUGCAUGAACAAGAAGUCGUGGGUAGAUGGAAUGGUAAGAAUAACAGAAUGUCAUGUACAAAAUAUGACUCAGAACCUGCGUCUGACGUCUUCUGUUGAGAAGGAUAAUGACGAAAAAUGCAAGGCAAUCAACAGCUUGCUCAUGUUGUUCUCAAAGGUACCCAUAAAGAAAAUGCAAGGAACGACGGAAUCUCAGGAAUUAAGCGUUGAGGAGUCUAAAAACACACGAGAAACUACAGUAAAGAAGUACGGACAAGUCAACGCAAAGAACCGCUUGGAGGAGGUCGCCUUCAGUCAAAGACAUGUUGGGACCGUCAAAUUUCAGAUAACUGGAAGUUUUUUGGCCAACAACAUGGUGCAACAAAUUGGGACGAUGAUCAACGCACAUUCGAUAAAAUAA